GGUCGAUCGAGUGAAGGUGUGGACGAAGUGAUACACACGCCAUGGCCAUGAACCCAUCCAUAUUCUCGUGAACGCAUCCAUCAGCCAUAUGCACAAUGUAGGUCGGCACACCCACGAGAGAGACAUGGGAGAAGUCCCUCCACACGCACAACACACACGUGCACGCUCAUAUGCACAUAGUUCCCGCCCGCCCACAAGCAAGCCAGCCGGCAAUCUCUCUCAACCAAUUCACCUGCAGGCAGCAGGUGAGGCGUCACCGUGUGAAUGAAUGAAUACACGAUGACGUCUCUCCACCCGUCUGCCUGCCUGCCUGCCUACCUGGCUGCCUGUCUGCCUGCCUCUUACCCGCCCGGCCCCCUCUCUCUGCACCAACGCGUAUGUCUCACGACACCGCCCCCAUCGUACCGGCCAACCAGCAGCGACAGCCAUCCAUCCAUCCACACCAGAACCCCCCCACCUGCCUCCGUCCCUCAUUCAUCUAUGUCAUCCACUACUCCUCCAUCGCAUCGUCACCGCCGCUGUCCAAACGCGCCUCCGAGUCAGCUACUGGAAUGCGGCCCCCAGCUGCUGCCAUGUGAACUUGCAGUCGGCAUCUCCCAGGUGGGUGUUGAAGCCCUUGGCCACCGCACCGUCCGCCAGCCCCCACUUGGCCGCCUCGUCCAGCCUGGCCCGAUGCACCACCUCACGCAGGCCCACACGACCACGAGUGUGCACCGCCUCGCGCGGACGGCUGUCGACACCCUCGAGCACGAAGCACUGCAGCUGCGGCACACGCACCACCUGGCCGCCCACAUCGGCCGUCCCGCCCACCACCUCCCUGUUGCUGCUGGCCUGGUACACUGCCGAGCGGAUGAAGUGCUCCGCUGCCGCACACACACGCCGGGCCAUGUCGGUGUGCCGCACACCGCUGGCUUCCUCUGUGAUGGCCUGCUGGGCGGCAUCCAUGUCGAAGAGGUAUGACGCGAUGCGCCAGCCGAAGAUGGGGGCCUCCUGCGGGCCGACGGCCAGCCGGGGAGUCAGGAGGGCCGCGAGGGAGCGGUGGGGGGCGAGGGCGGCGUUGACGGCGGCCAUGACGGCAGUGGGCAGCUGGUUGAGCACUGUGGCAUACUCGGUGAGCACCAGCUGGCGUCCACGGCGACGGUCCUCUGUGGCUGUGGGGAUGAGAUUGAUGUCGGCACCCGCCCGCAGCAGCGAAUGGAUGGUCAGCUUGUAGUUGGGAAUCUCAGCGCGAUGCCGCUCCUUGGUUUGCUCGGGUGUGCCCGGGUCCUGCAGCCGUUGGGUGUACCAAUCGAGCUGUCUGGCAGCCAUGACGAUGGGCGUGUCACCGUGGUAGUUCCGUCUGUCGAUCUGGUCAGCGGGCAGCUUGCGGCAGAGGAAGUCGGCCACUUGGGGAGAGCCAGACACUGCCGCGAAGUCCAGUGGCCACUCCCCAAUGAGGUCGUCCUCUGCUGUCAUGUCGGCCCCGUUCGCCGUGAUGAGGUCGAGGUAGCUGUCGAUGAAGGACUGGGGAUAGAGCCCCUUUGAGUCAAAGGCUGCCCUGUGCACCAGGUUGCCGCCGUUGACCCGUUCGGUGGCGAGGGUGGGGUCUCGUCGGGCGAGUCGCUCAUACAUCGACAUGAGCACCUGCGGAUACUCGGGGGGAGGCGGACGCAGGGGACGGCAGCUCCAUCACCAUGCGUGGGCCUUCUGGUACGCGCAGGUCGAUGUCUUGACGAGCCAUCAGCGGCUCGAAGGCCGUCUGGUUGCCAUACGCAAUCGCCACUUGGAGUGGCGUGCCUAUUCUCUCCAAGUCGCCGGCUGCCGCAUUGGGGUCGGCUCCUCCGUCGAGGAGUGCGGUGAGGAUCGCCGCCUGCAGCUCGUCAGACGACCACUGGGGCAGGGCGACGGGACGGAUGACAGCAUGACUGUCUUCUGCUUUGACAGUCCGGAUGGUGUAGCCCGACUUGUUGUCAAUGGCGAUGGCGAGGAGCGAGUAGCCGUAGACGGCACCACUGCUGCCCCUGCCCACCAGCCCAGUGAUGACAUCCGGGUCGGCGUCCUGCUCGAUGAGGUCGGUCACUUGCCGUGCGUCGGUGAUGCGGCGGCCGAUGAUCCACCGUGACAGCUCCCUGGUGGCGUCGCUGGUGCCCUCGGGGAAACGAGCCUCCAGCUCAUCGAGUCCGAUAUGGCCGUCAGGCACAGGAGCAGUGGGAUCCGCCAGGUCACUGAGAGGAUGACCUGUGACACACACAGCCACACACAACGGACGGCGGUUGAAUGUCAUUGCGCACAGUAUCCUCCCUCGCGUCUGUCUGGCGUACCUUCCUCCUCAUAUUCCCAGUCGUCGUCCGAGUCUCUGUCAUCGAUAUCGUCAUCUUGGUCGUUAUCAUCAUCCUCCUCCCACAUGCCAUCCUGACACACAACAAAGAGGCAAGGGAGAACAAACAACGUAUGUGCCUCCAUCGCAUGGACCAGUGUUGGUGUUGAUGAGUGCCUCACCGAUUCGUCUCCAUUUCCUGCCUGCGGACCCUCACCACCGUCGGCCAUCUCAUCGGCCAUCCCGUCGUCCUGCUGCUGCUGGUCGCCUGGACACCAACACACACACACACAUGGCAUGAGUGUGCUGCUGGUGUGUGUGUGCGUCGAAUGGUGUGUGUGGCAGGUCUGAUCACUCACCGCUGUCUGCGCCAUUGCGAUCUGAGUCCUCCGCCUGUCCACUGCCGCUAUGCUCCUCCUCAGCUACAUCGUCUGCACACACCACAAAUGUACAGGAAUGAUAUGAUCCUGCGUGUUUGAUGUCCUGCAUCGUCCUUUCCACAUCCAGCGCCUUCCAUGGCAGCGCAGUGCAUCUUGCCAUCGUGACCUCCAGACAUUACUCACUCAGACACCAACAGCUGCACGGACCACGCACAGAGAGGCAACAAGAGGUGGCUUUGUGCCCGCGCUGUGGCGGUGUUCACCUUUGAUGAGUCAAUAGAUGGCUGUGUAGAGGCGCUCCAUCAGUCCGUGCUGCCUCGUUGGUAAAGCAGCUCUGCAUUCCACAUCAUGGUGGCUCGUGCUGAACCAACCAAUUGAUUGCUCACCGUUGGCGCACGCUGAUCUAUGGACGCUGAUUCAGGUGAACCAGUGGUGAACCAAACUCAGCCGCACCUGGACAACUCCCGACCGAAAAAGAGAGUGGUCCUCCACUCUUCUGCAGCGUCAGCUCGCACUUCGUGGGGGCCUGACUCCACUGCCAU